AUGUAUGAUGCAGUCACGGUACUGCUACGCGAAUAUUGGCGAACAACGGGUUGGAAUGAUCAAAGUUCCUACCUGAAUUUAUCCAAAGCAAGCGAUGUGCUUCUUGAUUUUGCUGUUCCUCAUGGUGUGAGCUUGUCUUCCUUAUCUAUUUCACCAGAAGCUGCCUUUACAGCCCAUACGCGUAUUUUGACUGUUCCUUUAUCGGGUACUAUCGCGUAUUCCAAUGCCAGAACAAAUUCUCCUUUCAACUUCAAAUGCGUAUGUGAUCCACUGCAAAGAAUGACUCGCGCGGCUCUGUUUAUCGAGCCCGAUGCCGGCGUCCCGCAUUCUGUGUUUGAUCCAAACAAAUCACGCGAGAUGCUAGUAUAUGGAGGUGUACAUAUUCCCAGUGCAUGCGUCGAAGCACUAUGUGCUUUAAGACUAUCUGAUGAUUGGCAGCUUUUGAUAACAGCUUUCUCACGGGCACCUCGCUUUCCUAUGGUACCGCUCGGUCGGCUGUUGGGCUUGAUACCUCCAAAACGCUCAGGUCAAGUGUAUCCGCCACCAGACAUGUCGGUGGGCCCCCCCGGUGCAACAAACCUUUUAUUCACUCUUCAGCAUCAAACACCCAAAACAACAUCAGAAUAUUUGUAUUCCUUGGAUGAUGCUUUAUGGGGCGCGCGUGUUUUGCGCCAGGUACAUGAGUUUUCUCGAGGCGGGUCACUUUAUUCUGGCGCUGAAAUAUUCUUUAGCGCGGCUGAAAAAAGCGGCGGUGUAUCAUCUGGUUUGCGAUGUACGAUGCCUCAUGGUGCGUCUUUUAUGUUUGGUGGUCCGAAGAGCGGUCCAGCGGUAUGGACAAUGGUUUUAAACCCCAUGAUGGGUUAUCUGCGCUCGGACUAUAUCGCGCGCGUUGAUGAUGAUCUGAUGAUCGGCACUCGGUUCGACCUGAAUGCUUAUUCAUAUCAAUCAGACUGGACGCUGGGUGCAGAAUAUAUUCUUCGUCGUUCUCCAGAAGAAGAUACGAACGAAGGGCCUUCCUCGAUGCGAGAACGUGUCGGCGUAUGGGUGAAUCCCAACUCGACCUCAAACGUGUCUCUCCGAGAUCAUGAGCUGCCACCCGCGCUUCCUACCAAGCCUCAUCAAGUAUCUCCUCAACAAAGUGAAACUCCUGUUGAACCUGAAUCAGACGCAAAAGCGCUUUCCUCAUCAGAGCCAUCAGCUUCGACGUCGAUGUUUUUAGGCCUACUCAAGGCCCGUCUGAGCAUGUCUGGCAUACUUUCCCUUCUUUGGGAAGGCCAUUGGCGACGGUGCCUCGUAUCUGUGGGCCUUCAGUCUCAUCUUCAAUCGCACGCUGUAUCACAUCUAGGAGUAGAAAUCAAGUACCUAUCCGAUACCCAAGGUUGA